AUGGCAAAGUCUUCCCCCUGGACCGCCGAUCUGUCUUCGUUCCUCGAUGACCACGAAAUCAUCCAGCCUGACUCGCAGCGUUACAAAGAGGAGACCAAAACAUGGGCCGCUCAAAGGCAUCUGAGCCCGAAGCUGCUGCUCCGUCCCCAAUCAGUGGAGCAAUUAGCUCGCGCUCUUGCAUAUCUUAAUGACACGGAGCUGGACUUCGCCGUGCGAUCCGGCGGGGUUGGCUCAAGUUCCGCCAAAGACGUGCUCAUCAGUCUUGGUGCGUUUGACGGAUUCGAACACGAUCCCGCUGCAGAGACCAUCACCGUCGGCGCCGGCCAGACUUGGGGAGAGGUCGACGAGAAGCUUGAGGAAGCAGCACCUGGGUAUGCGGCACUUAGCGCACGGUGCACCUUCGUCGGUGUCGGCGGCAGCGUGGUAUCCGGCGGCAUUUCCUGGGCAUCAUCUGAGUUCGGAAUGACUUCUGACCCGCACAACAUGCUAGACGCGCAGGUUGUCACGAUGGAUGGUCGUGUCCUGUGGGCAUCACAAGAGCCAGACUUACUCUGGGCGCUCCGCGGUGGAGGAGGUGGUUUUGGCGUCGUCACGGCGUUCAAACUCAAGAUCCACAAAUACACCAAUGACAUCUACUCGGGCAACAUCAUCAUCCCGAACGAGGCACUGCCCGAACUCGCGAGAGCGGUCGCGGCAUUCACUCGCAGAACACAAGAUCCAAAGAUAGCCAUGCAUCUCUUCUGUCUGGACCUUGCCCAUGCGGCUCUCUCGGGUCAAGAUCCCAAGCCGGGCAUCAUGAUCGUGGUGUACGAUGCGAACGGAGAAGCUCACGGGCGGAGUGCCGACGGGUUCGGUUGGGCGUUGGACAUGCCUGGCAUAAUAGACAAUACUCGGACCAUGACCUACGUGGAGGCGAACCAGCAGCAAGACAACCUCCGCGUCGCCAUGGGCGUGACCAACAGCUGGAUGUCCGCGCCCACGAUCCCGCACACCCAUCUGACCGACUCUCUUAUCCUGCGAGCGUGGGCCUGGUUUAAUAAUCUCCUGGAACAAGAUCCGCGACAAAGCGCCGGAGCGUUCGUGCUCCUGGAAAUCAUGCAGCCUCCCGCCUUCUCAUCGACCGCCUCCCCCGAAGCGACAGCGUGGCCGCGCAGACCCAACAGACAUAUCCUCCAGCUCGGAACUGGGUCGUUCCCGGGCUCGAACUCGACCGAGUCUGAGUCACACUCGGAUUCGAGAAGGCGAUCGCAAUCGCAAUCGCAGUCACAGUCACAAUCAGACGCCUUGUCAAUCGCCGCACUGGCCAGCGCCCCCUUUGAGAUCCACACCGUGCACACUCCAGCAGAUUAUCUCCCUAGUUUUAUCGAGUCGUUUAAUGAUGUCGAGGCGAUCUAUGGUGCGAAUUAUGCAAAGCUGAAGGCCGUCAAGAGGCGGUAUGAUCCUCGAGGAAGGCUCGGUGGGCAUUUUACCUGA